AUGUCACAAAGCCCUCGAACGACGGAUGUCGAAGGCCAGCCGGCAUCGAAUCCAGCAGUAUUGCAAGCAGACGCAAACCAGCCGUCGCCUGACGAGCAUGAACAGCAAGACAUGAGCAGAGGCCCUGAUGAUCCUGGUGAUCACGGUAUGGGUGGUUAUGACUUUGAGGUCAAGGAGCAAGAUCGGUGGUUACCCAUUGCAAACGUCAUGUCUUCUGCAUCCCGACUACCGACUCGAUCACAGCCACUGCGUCCCCGGAACACUAAGAACGAUGUUGCUUCCGAUGCUAACAUACGCAAUUUUGCACCAGUCGCCCGAAUUAUGAAGGGUGCACUUCCAGACAAUGCCAAAAUCGCCAAAGAAGCCAAGGAAUGUAUGCAAGAAUGCGUCAGCGAGUUCAUCUCCUUCAUCACUAGCGAAGCCUCCGAGAAGUGCCAGCAAGAGAAGCGUAAGACAGUCAACGGAGAAGACAUCCUCUUCGCCAUGACCUCUUUAGGCUUCGAAAACUAUGCCGAGGCCCUCAAGAUCUAUCUGGCUAGAUAUCGCGAGACGCUUGUCGCCAGAGGCGAACACCAGAGACCGAUGACCAGCGGAGGCAACGCCCUCAGUUCCGCUGGCGGAGCCCAAGCAACAUCACCCUACGACGGCAGCAAUCACGGAGGCGCUGUCAUGGGCAACCCCAUGGAGCCGACCGAGAGUUCUAGCAACGACUAUGCUUAUGGAGUCGGACAAGGAGCCUCAGGAGAUUACUAA